AUGAGUGCGUUUGCUCUCAGAAAGAAACUGCUGGCCCAGCAGAGCCAAGCCGUCUCGGCUCCAUUGAGCGAGACUACCCUCGCUGAGACUGCCAUCUCAGUGAACCCUGACGAGAGAGCGCUUAGCCCACAGAAGAAGGCCAGGAAAACUAGGUCGGCUCAGCAUGCGUCUUUACAAGGCACGGAAACUGCCGAAGUGGCAAAUGAGCAAUCACCCAACCAAGACUUGAAUAAGUUGCCAGAGUCACGUCAAAGCGAGGAUGAUGAACAACCUAGGAGUCCAUCACUCAUCUCACCUAAUGAUGACGAGGGGGAGAGACCUGAAAUCCAUGAGACCCUUCAGCCUGUCAACUUAUCUAGCUUCCGCUCGUCAAAAAGUAAUUUUCGCAAAAAGGGCAACGGGGUGUGUCAACUGAAGCUAGACGAAGGAGAGAGAUUGGUGAUCCUCGGGAGCUAUGGAGUCCAGGUAGAAUCCGGUGAGGUAACCAUAAAUGGUGCUAUCCUCAAGGCGUCCAAAACAAUAGCCUGGGUUCAUGCACCACAGUCCCACGCUCUCCCAGUGAUCCGGUGUACCGAGGAAGCGUCUCUAGAGCUUCAACCGCAUCCUGAAGCUGAGAACCUGAAAGCCCUGGGAGUACUUUCACCUAUGUUUCGAAAACUCUGGUGUGAGAAUCCCAAUAACCCCUCUAAAACAAAUCAGCCCGACCCCAGCGAAACAUUCCGAAUCCUUUACACGCUAGACGAUGUGCCUAAAAGGGCUGUCUUGCAAGAUUUGAGGUCGCCGCCGGAGUGGAAUCGAGAAAUGGCGGCGCUUGUUGCCUCGAACGAGUCCAUACCAUCUAUCAUGAUAACAGGUCCUAAAUCAUCUGGAAAAUCUACUUUCGGCAAAAUCUUGACGAAUCGUUUCCUCACCGGUGCACAGCCCCGAGCCAAGAAACCCGGAAAGGGGGGGGUUGUUAUUCUCGAUCUCGAUCCAGGGCAAUCAGAAUACUGUGGCGUUGGCCAGUUAGCUCUUGUCCUAAUCACCAAGCCCGUGUUAUCACCAUCCUUUUGUCGGCCUCUUGGUACUCCUAGUAUUCGGACGAUUAGAUCACACGCUUUAGCCUCGCUCUCGCCGGCUUCGGACCCCGAGCUAUACACUGAGAUGGCCUUGGAUCUAGUCACUCAUUACCGUAACACUCUCGCGCCAUAUCCCCUCAUCAUCAAUACACCAGGCUGGAUACAAGGUACUGGUCUAGACCUAUUAGUUUCUCUCAUCCGUGAUCUUCGUCCCUCAGAAGUAUUCUACUUAUCUCAGACUGGGCCAGCUGAUGCUGUCGAAGCGCUUGGAGGGGCCUGCCAUGUUGCCCGCUUCUCAACCUUGCCAUCUCAGCCAAACCAGAAUAAUCUUCGAACUGCCAUUCACCUACGCUCUAUGCAGACGAUGGCAUACUUCCAUGCCGAAGUGGCAUCACCUCGAAACGACGAAGGCCACCUUUGUUGGUUUCAAAGACCACUCACAGCUAUGACCCCAUGGCAGGUUCAUUUCAGAAGGGCUGGGGGCGGAAUUUUUGGUGUUCUAUGCUACGAUUUCCAGACACAGCCAGACCUUUUAGCGGAUACUAUUAAUGGUGGUAUCCUCGCUGUAGUCGAGGUCGAAAGUCCGAAGGCUUUUCGCUGUAUUGACGAUCAUGCACCUCUGCGUAAAGAUUCUCUUAGUGGAGACUACUCCGAGUCUGCAAUGGACAUGGAUAUCAGCCAAGAUGACGAAAUCAAAUCAUCACCAUUUUCUUCCCUUCAGCAAAGAAUCACCACUCUAACAGCGGAAGGCAUCCCAUUCAUUGAUUCGUCACUGGGAGUGACCCUCGAUCCCCGAUAUUCACGGAGUCUGGGUCUAACCCUAGUUCGUGGCAUCGAUGUCGAAAACGGUAACCUUCAUCUUCUGUGUCCUAUAGCGAUGGAACAGGUCGAAGAUGUAAGAAGGAGAGGAGGUGCGAUCGUCCUUAUUAGCGGUAAAUUUGACCCGCCCAGCUGGGCUUACACAGAGGACCUGUACUUCCAAUCCGAGGGCGAUGAGGUUGGUGGGAUGGAAGAAGUUGAAUCUCACGGCCAAUCAGAAGUUAUGGAAUUGGGCGUGGGGCGGACGAAACUGGGGAAGCCAACCACUUCGGACAUUAGCGUUGAAUCAGUGCCUUGGAUCCAGGCCGUUACAAGAAACCAAAAGCGCGGCGCUGGAUCUAAGGUGUGGAGGGUGCGUCGCGAUCUGGGGAGAGUUGGGAAUUCAUCAGGGUGA